AACCGUCCGUUUUAAUAGGAUGAGAGAUGAAAUCGAUUUUAGACGCUUGAUUGUUGCAGUCCUUUUGGGGCCAAAAGCAUUUUCGAGUGUCACGUCACACAAUCAAAUAGAAACAAUAGCAAGCGAUGAAACUUUUGCAUGCUCAUAAAGGCUAUGCGCUGGUCCUUAUAUAAAUCGCUCCCUCGGUGCGAAGUCCACAGUGCGCACCUUUAAGCUAUCCUUGUCCCUCUAUUUUGUUUUUGUUUUUGUUUUUGACCCCAGAGCAGAACAAGCUUCUUUCAGCAACCCAACACAAUGGAAAACAAGGGAAUUAACGGAACACCUUCGACAACAACAAGCCAGUACGAGGAUUUGUUACCUGUGAUGGCAGAAAAGCUCGACGUGGAAGCUUUUGUGUCUGAAUUAUCUGGAGGGUUUCGGCUUCUAGCUGACCAGGAAAGAGGGUUGAUAACGCCAGAGAGUCUGAGGAGAAACUCUGCACUUUUAGGCAUGGAAGGGAUGAGCAAAGACGAAGCGGAAGGGAUGGUUCGAGAAGGUGACCUUGACGGAGAUGGGGCACUGAAUCAGACCGAGUUCUGCAUCCUGAUGGUGAGGCUUAGCCCUGGAAUGAUGGAGGACGCUGAGACUUGGCUUCAGAAGGCGAUUGAUCAGGAGCUAAGGAAAUCCUCCGCUUGACCCUUUUUUUUUGUAUUCCUUUUUGGUGCAUUAAGACAUUCUAUUUAUCUUAUUGUACGGCAAGGUUUAUUGUUAAUGGAAAAUGAUUAUUGAUCAAAAAACUUGAUGGUCUAUA